GGAUGGACAUCUCUACGCAGAGAUUUGCCAUGAACGGAAGAAGUAUGAGACUACCUCCUGGGUUUCGAUUCGAUCCGGAUGAUGAAGAUCUUGUAUUCGAGUAUCUAGCCAAGAAGGUCCUCCACCGUUCGAUGGACUUCGACCUCCCUGAGCUCCGUUCUUGCAAUGUUGAUCCUUGGGACUUGCUAGGAGAUAAGAACAAGGAAAUGUAUUACUUUGUGAAGAAGGAUGAGCGAGAGAGAAAGGGAAGGGGUACGUUAUCGGGUUACUGGGAAGAAUGUGAAGAAGAGGAAGUAAUGGAAUCUGGCGACCGUGGCUGUAAUCAUUUAGAAGGAAGGAAAAAGACAUUUGCUUUCUAUAUUGGGACAAGACCUCGAGGAACACUAACUCCAUGGAUAAUGUACGAGUUUCGGCUUCUUUCCUCUAGGGCUACAAUGUGGUCAUCGUCCCCUCUGCCUCGGGGUGAGGUAGAGAACUGGAGGGCGGUGAAAGUGAUUGUGAAGGAAGAGAAUGACGAGGAGAUCGAGGAAGAUGAGCAGGCCUCUGAUGAGUCAGAUGGCGAAGAAGUUGUUCAAAGUCGGUGACGGCUGAUCGAGGUUCAUGCCAUAUAUGUUAUGUACGAAAAUGGUUUUGUAAGUGAAAUCAUUUGAGUUAAGUUAGUAACUUCGUUUUGAUAUUAUUAGGGAAGCAUCUAGAUGAAACACAAGGUUGUUUAAUUUGUCUUAUUGGCUUCCAAACCCUUUGGACUGUAAUAUAUUCUUAUUUGGCUUUCACUCUCCCGUCUUAUUUAUUCUUCUCUCAAUAUAUAUUUUAUUAUCUGCUGUCCUUUCGUCAGUACAUUGGUUUCUUUUGUAUUCCAUAUUCCUGAAUCCAAGAUCCGUGAAAUUUAUACAUGGUUAGGUCAUGG